AAGAACAAAGACUCAAAGUGAAAGUAGCUUUCAGGGAACAGGGAGUGGCUGAGCCGUCUGCCUGCUGUGUUUUCAGCUUCACUCAGAGACUAAAUGGCUUCCAGAUUAGAGGACGAUCUCUGCUGUUCUGUCUGCCACGACAUCUUUAAAGAUCCUGUCAUGCUGUCAUGUAGCCACAGCUUCUGUAAAGUCUGUCUGCAGAGCUGGUGGACAGAGAAACACGUCCAAGAGUGUCCACUUUGUAAGAGAAGACAUUCAAAGGGCCUACCUCCUAACUUGGAUUUAAAGAAAGUGUGUGAGAGUUUCUUACAGGAGAGAGAUCAGAGAUCUUCAGAGGCUCUCUGCAGUCUGCACUCUGAGAAACUCAAACUCUUCUGUCUGGACCAUCAGCAGCCGGUGUGUCACAUCUGCAGAGAUUCAGAAAAACACACCGACCACAGAUUCAGACCCAUCGAUGAAGCUGCACGACAACACAAGAAGAAACUUCAGGAAACUCUGGAGCCCUUAAAGGAGAAGUUAAAGGUUUUUGAAGAAGUUAAAGUGAAGUUUGAUGAAACAGCAGAACACAUGAAGGUCCAGGCCCGACACACAGAGAGGCAGAUUAAGGAGCAGUUUAAGAAGCUUCACCAGUUUCUAGAAGAGGAAGAGGAGGACAGGAUGGCUGCACUGAGGGAGGAAGAGGAGCAGAAGAGUCAGAUGAUGAAGGAGAAGAUGGAGGCUGUGAGCAGAGAGAUAGCAGCUCUUUCAGACACAGUCAGAGCCACAGAGGACGAGCUGAGAGCUGAAGACGUCUCAUUCCUGCUCAACUACAAGGCUGCAGUGGAAAGAGUCCAGCAGCGCCCCCUGCUGGAGGAUCCACAGCUGCUCUCAGGAGCUCUGAUAGACCAGGCAAAACACCUGGGCAACCUGACCUUCAACAUCUGGAACAAGAUGAAGGACAUGGUCUCCUACACUCCUGUGAUUCUGGACCCAAACACUGCUGAUACAAGACUCAUCCUGUCUGAAGAUCUGACCAGUGUGAGACGAGGAGAGGAACAGCAGCUUCCUGAUAAUCCAGAGAGGUUGGAUGAUUACUCCUCUGUCCUGGGCUCUGAGGGCUUUAACUCAGGGACUCACAGCUGGGACGUCCAGGUUGGAGACAGUACAUACUGGGGACUGGGUGUGUUAGCAGAGUCUGUCCAGAGGAAGGGAGUCAUACAGUCUGGAUUAUGGAGAAUACGGUUCGAUGAUGGUAAAUACGAUGCAUUCUCCCCACCACGUACAUUCACUGAUCUCGUAGUUCAGAAGAAGCUCCAGAGGAUCAGAGUGAAUCUGGACUGGAACAAAGGAAAGCUGUCGUUCUCUGAUCCUGAUACUAACACACACAUACUCACCUACACACACACUUUCACUGAGACGAUGUUUCCAUACAUUUGCACUGUGGAUGAACUGAAGGUUUUACCAGUGAAGGUCUCUGUGACUGUAGGACAACAGAAAUAGAUGAUGAUGAUG